AUGUCUCAACCAAGGAUGCCACACCUAAAGGCAGUUCACCACCUACUACGAUACUUGAAGGGCAACCCUGAACAGGGUAUUUUCUUUUCAUCACAUUUGCAUUCUAAUCCAAUUAUUCCAGUUCGAGCCUUAUCGGAUGCUGAUUGGGGAUCGUGCAUUGAUACAAGAAAGUCUACCACCGGUUUUUAUAUAUUUGUUGGCAACUCUAUGGUCUCUUGGAAGUCAAAGAAACAACCAACCAUAUCUCGUUCAUCUGCUAAAGCGGAAUAUAGGGCACUUGCCUCCACUAUUGCCACUAACCCAAUUUUUCACGAGAGAACAAAACACAUUGAAAUUGAUUGUCACUUCAUUCGUGACAAAAUCAGUGUUGGGAUCAUUAAACUUCUACCAGUUCGUUCAAAACAUCAGCUUGCAAACAUCUUCACCAAGCCACUGCCUCCAUCCAGCCUUACUCCUUUACUGUCCAAGAUGUGUGUAAAAGAUAUUUACAACACAUCUUGA